AUGAAACUUCUUUGCGGCCUUUACAGUCAUAAUAUACAAUUGAGAUAUAAAAUCACAUCCCACAGCUUGGUUGAACGCUUACUCCAUACCAAACUUCAAUCAUUCACAUACUUCGACAUACCUGUUCUUCUAAGCACCAAAACCUUACAAACUUCCCCAUUGUGUUUUUUUGUGUGCGCCAACGACUCUCAUAUUUCAAGUCCUCGGGUUGGGCACCUUCUUUGUACAGCAUCUUGUUCUCCAAUAAAUAUCCCUCGAGAACCUCCCAACUCACAAAACUACGAGAUGCCUCACCAAUUCAAUCAUCCUUCUAAAACCACAUCAGCUGAACCCAGAACCUCUGGAAGGAAUAAGAACCCACGAUCCCCAGAUGGCACUACUGAAUCCAAGAUCACAAACCCCCAGAACAAACAGAGAGCCUCUGAAGUGUCAAUCCAGGUGAAGACACCUGGAACUGCGAAUACCCCAGAUAUCGCAAAUGAAUCCAAGUUCAAAAAAGAUCAGACCAGCUAUGGCACCGCUGAAACCGAAACCACGUCAGAAAUAGCAGAGACGAGUGAAGCCAGGAUAAGCCAAGCUCCUUUGAUGCCCAUCGAUAUCAUGCAGCACGACUGGUACAUCAAACAGUUUCCCCAAAUUCUUCCCAGCAACUUCAAAAUCAUUCACAAACGCAUCAAUGCCGAAUUUGAAGCUCAUGUCAAGACUUUGAGUUUUCUUUUCGAUGGAGUCCAAGAUUCAUUUGAUGCGAAUUUCGAUGCAACCAUCAGUGGAUACACGAGCGAAGCAGUUUUGACAAGCUAUCAAGGGUUAUUGAGAUCGGCGCAGUUCAAAGAAGCGCAUGGAAGAUUCAAAGAAUGGCUCAUGUGUCGCGAGUUACAGAUUGGCAAAUGUCAUGAUCUGGAACAGUGUCCCACAUCGUGCAGACUGAACAAGGGAGCUGCGAAACAAAACAAAAUUGAAGGCUGGGCAAUUCGAGUGUAUGAGUCCGAGAAUGUAUUUACACAGGAGCUGAAAAAUGGCUCUGGCAAGAAGUGGUUCGAGACUGGGGAGUUUACCUAG